AUGGAGCUCUCUGACAUCUUCCGCAUUGUCAACUUGGCUGUUGGUGUUAUCACCGUCCUCGGUGGUAUCGCGUCCAUCUUCCAUCUCGGCCUUCAACCCAUUGUUGUCGGCGCUUACAUGAUCGUCUUUGGUCUCGUCAUUGCUCUGCUCGAGUUUCAGAUCCCUCCCCAGGUCUCCCGACAUGCCUCGUUCAUGUUCUCUUUCAUCGGCCGUGGUGUCUUCUACGUCUUCAUUGGCUGCCUUCUGUUGGGCAACUUCAUCCUCAGCAAGAUUGCUGGUAGCAUCAUCGGUAUCGUCGGUCUCGGCUACAUCGCCCUCGAGUUCAUCCCCUCCAUCGAGCCCCCCAGCAACAUGCGCGAGGCCGAAGAUGCCGGCUGGGGCGCCGAGCAGGUCUAG